AUGAUCCUCCCUUUUACCGCACUGUUCUUCGUCGUUAACGCCCUGGGAGUCCUGGGCCAGAAACCGUUCUUGGAAAAGGCAGGGGACCGGCAAUGGCGCAUUGGGAACAACCUGUGGAGCAUUGUUCAAGGUCGAGACACUGCUACCAAGUUGCAGUUCAAAGGCCGUGACCUCGUUUCUGGGACGAAGGGCCACUAUCUGAGCAUUGGCGAGUAUGGGAACAAUGGCAAAACGUCGUUGCAAUGGACGUCAGCCGAUAUUGUCCAGCGUGGGUCCGACUUCAUAGAUAUCCGGUUCAAUAGCAACGAAGGAGAGAUGCACUGGGUGAUCAAGGACAACGAACCGGGCGCCCACCAAUACUUCGUCAAUAAACGGCUACCGCGCAUCGGGGAGUUUCGCUCCAUCUUACGCCUCGAUCCAGGCCUCUUCCCGAAGGGCCGCACCAGCGUGAAGGAUGGUAACCUCCCGAGCUUGUCGGAUAUCAAGAAGAGUACCAAGACGCAAGACGAGACAUGGAAAAAGUCGGACGGAUCGUACAUUACUAAGUACGAUUGGAGCGAUAAUGUGAGGUCGAUGGACUUCUAUGGAGUCUACGGGGGGAGCUUUGGAGCAUGGUAUAUGCAUGCAGGGCGAGACUACUUCAAUGGCAAUCACCUCAAGCAAGAGUUGAUGGUCCAUCGUGAAACAAACUCCGGAGAUGCGGUCAUGCUGAACAUGAUCCACGGCACUCAUUUCCAAGCCUCGUCCGCCGAUGAGCCUCCGUCGGGUAAGAUGUGGGGACCGUGGUUCCUGUAUUUCAACGGCGGAUCCGUUGCCGAUGCCAAAUCCCGCUACGAAAGCGAAGUCAAGCAAUGGCCAUACUCAUGGGUGACCGACGCCGCAUACAAGUCUCGAGGGGUUGUGUCCGGGGAUUUGACCCUUCAAGAUGGUCGUCCUGCAGCCGGCGCCGCCGUGUUCCUGGGAGAUAACAAUCCAACCAAAACCGAUAUGGACAUGGGGACUACCUACUACUACACCGCCUAUGCGGAUGCGGAGGGGCAGUUCUCGAUCCCCAAUGUGCGGUCUGGUACCUACGGCCUUCGUGCAUGGGCAAACGGCGGAAACAUCAGUGACGUUCUCACGACCUUUUCGAAGAACGGCGUCACGGUAACGGCGGGACAGACCAACGCUUUAGGCGCGUUGCAAUGGCCUCUUCCCGGCCGCCAAAAGGUGUUCCAAGUCGGUGAAUAUGACCGCAAAUCCACAGGAUUUGGCCCUGCCGACCGGCCAAUGUUUCAAGCCGGGCUCAUCGAUCGAUGUCCUGCAUCCCUCACGUAUACCGUGGGGCGUUCAAGCCCUGCGGAUUGGUGUUUCGGGAUGUAUAAACGAGGAACGUGGACAAUCGCGUUCACGCUUGACGAUCCACCGCCGGCAGGUAAACAGGCGAUCCUCACGGUGAGCUUGGCUGGUUAUUCAGGCAUGUCGUGCGGUGUAACGGUGAACAAAAAAACGAAUAUUGGAAGCUUCCGGUCGUCUAAUCCAGCGAGCGACCCAGGCACCUACCGAAGCGCAACUGUUAAUGGGGAGUGGAGGCUGUGGGAGUAUAAGUUCAGCGGCAGUGCGUUGCAAAAAGGAGCGAACACCGUUGAGUUUACUGUCAAUGAAGAGCAGCAGUGGAGGGGGAUACUUUGGGAUACUGUCGUGCUGGAAUUCGCUUAG